CUCCGCGCUUUCAUUAUGGUAGUCGUCCCAACAAGCGGCUCGUAGAGCAGGAAUCCAGACGGGAUUAUCAACAGCAGACACCGCCGAGCUACGGAGCGAUAUUUCUGCCAUUAGUCCGCCUCUAACCUCCGGACCACAUCGACAUUUCCCUCCGGACGGACGUUAGCAGAGAGGGACCUUUACAUGGCAGCCGGCUGCUCGGCCCUCCUACCCUCUCCCGGUACCGUGCAGCUGCAGCAUCCGUCAUCUCAGCCUCCACAUUAACGGGAUGACGAAGGGAACCGAGCCUCCGCACGUAGGCUACCGGCACGGCGAGGCGACGUUCAUGGACUGCAGGAAUUUCUAAAACCUCGGUGGCAGCGCAGCAGAAAUAUAAAGUGACUUAACUUUUCAUUGUUGAGACUUACCCAUCUUUGUGCCACUGGAGCUGGUGGGAACUUGGAGGCUACUUUAGAGGAAUCAAGGACUCUAAUGAACCAAUAAGAAACGUCUUAUCAAGUAGAAAUUAUAUUUAUUUAAUAUUUGUGUAAUAACCUGAGAUCUGCUGCAGUCUUCAUCAAGGAGCAGAUGUAAUCAGAGUUGCAGUAUUGUACAAAAUAUAAGAUAUACUAUCAGGUCAUUAGGUCACACAUACAACCCACAGAAGACACUGAUCAUUCUGGCAUCAUGAUGGUGGAAGCCACCAUCACCUCGAGUCUCAGGACUAUUGCAAUCUAACAGACAUUUUGGUUCCCCUGUGGGAAAGAACGGAGCAACUGGUGGUGGUCCUCCAGCAACAUGGACUACCACGCUGAGUGCUGUUUCUGUGAUCCUGAGGAGGGUCACGGUGACGAGCCGCCGCUUCACAGUAUCCACGCGCCCAACCGGAUCCGCCCGUCCUCCUACAGAGCCCUGAGGAGCGCUGUGUCCAGUCUGGCCCGCAUCGAUGACUUCUUCUGUGAGAAGAUAGGUUCGGGCUUCUUCUCGGAGGUCUUCAAGGUGCAGCAUCGGAUCACAGGGCAGGUGAUGGCACUGAAAAUGAACACGCUGGCUAGCAACAAAGCUAACAUGCUCCGAGAAGUGCAGCUCAUGAACCGGCUUUGCCACCCCAACAUACUCAGGUUUCUUGGGGUUUGUGUGCACGAAGGUCAACUCCACGCUCUGACUGAGUAUAUAAAUGGAGGCAACCUGGAGCAGCUGUUGGACAGCGACUUGUACCUGUCGUGGUGCGUCAGGAUUGGUCUAUCUCUGGAUAUCGCCCGAGGCCUGCAGUACCUGCACAACAAGGGCAUAUUCCACAGAGACCUCACCUCCAAGAACUGUUUGGUUCGCUGUGAUAAUGGCGUGUUCACGGCUGUAGUGGGAGACUUCGGCCUGGCAGAGAAGAUCCCCGAUUACAGUGACGGUGUGGUGAAGCAGCCUCUGGCCAUCGUGGGCUCCCCAUACUGGAUGGCCCCUGAAGUUCUGAGAGGAGAGCUGUACGAUGAGAAGGUGGACGUGUUUGCGUACGGCAUCAUCCUGUGUGAGAUCAUCGCCCGGAUUGAAGCUGAUCCUGACUUCUUACCCAGGACAGAGGACUUUGGUCUGGACGUGGAAGCAUUUGAGAACAUGGUUGGGGAUUGUCCCGCUGCAUUCUUUAGCCUCGCUGUGACCUGCUGUAACAUGAUUGCAGAGAGGCGUCCCUCGUUCUCUGAAAUUGUCUUCAUACUGGAGGGCAUGGAGAGGGACGAAGAGAGAGAGAAGCCCAUUGCACUCGAGCCAGUGGCGGUAGACGUCAGCCCGUACCGGCGCUGCAGCUCUCCCUGUCACCCUGGUGACCGCAGCCAGCAGCGGCAAGGCUUGGCAAGGAGCCAGUCGGACAUGUUACCCCCAGCAACCUUGACCCCACCUCUUCUUGGGACCCCUGCGCGGGUCAACCCCUUCUCUCUCAGACAGGAUCUGAAUGGGGGGCGGUGUAAACUCUUAGACACGCCGAGCAAGUCCGUCAUCUCCCUGACCUUCACCCUCCCGGCGCUGCGGGACCCGUGUUCCUCCCCCCACAUUCUCCGAGGGAUGCCUGGAACGCGAACGCUGCCGAGGAGAUGCCGGUCACUCCCCUGUACUCCAGAGCUCAGCCGGACUGUAGCCUUGUCAAGAGACACAGAAGGGAAGGAGGACGAAAAAGAGGAGGAUGUCAGAGCGGUGAUUAGGAGAGGUAUAGGGGAGGUUGUGGAGGACGAGAUGAGGAAGAACACGGGGAUGUCAGAGAGGGCAGAUGAAAGGUUGCAGGUAGAGCAAAUGGAGAUAACUGAGAAGAGAGAGUUGUUGAAGGAGGAAGAUGAAAUGGGAGACGAUUCAGGUCUUCCUGUGGAGCUGGAGAUGGUGUCACUGGAGCGGUUAGAGGAGGAGGAGGAGGAGGAGGAGGAGGAGGAUGAGAGUGUGUGUCUAACAGAACCCAUGGACUGCACCAAGUCUCCUGAGCCAGCAGAGGGAGUCCUGGACUGCACACCUGGAAGACCCCUGCUCACCUCCACUUCCUCUUCCUCCUUACAGACGAAUGGCUGGCGACUUCCCAUCUCCAACGGACCUCCCUCUUUGCCCGCUCUGCCACGACUGGACAAUAACAACGGCUCGGCCCUUGUGAUUGGCCAGCAGGUGCAGUGGGGUGGAGGAGGACGGGCUAAUGGUUACAGUGGAGCCCAGGUCCAGUCCUCUGACCCUAGUGGCCCCUCUGAGCAGGACGAGGUCAUCUCCUGUCCGGGCUGCUGUCUGGUGGGUCUGAGUUUUCCCUCUGUGUGCCUCCGUGGUUCAGCUGCCGUGCCUACUCCCCGCCGAAGGGCUUCGUUACCACGGCAGCGACCCUACCGGAACCUCAACGGCACCAUAACUGGUGGCAGCGCUUCCUCGUCAACAACAGCCGUCACGGCAACCAAAGCUCUACUGUGUCGCAGCACAAAUGGACUAGUAGUGGGAGGGCCCAUGGUGCCAUGUGAGCCUGGGCGGUCCCUGCCAGAGGCCCAGACAUAAGCCUGCUUCCUGGGGAUUUGAUUUUGAACUUGCGACAUGCACCGGUACUAAAUGUUAGCGGACAAACAUAGCAACACAAAAGGUCGCUAUGCUAACACCAAGAACCCAAUACUGACCCCAGCCUCUGAGACGUGUUGUUAAUUCUGUGCAGUCACAGCAAACAGUUGGUGACUAGAGUGCCACCUGGUGGGCUGGAGGAUUAAACACAACAAA